AUGUUAGAUAAUGAUAGUGAAAUUAUUUCUACUAAACAAUUGGCAGAUAAAUUUGAAAUCGGUCGAUCAACAGUAGCUAAUAUACUUGCAAAAUCGUCAUAUUGGCUUGGUCUAGAUGAGGAAAAAAAAGCCAAACAGAUUGCAACAAAUUUAAAAAUUCAAAAUUUUGCUGUAUCUGAUGGUUGGUUGCAGGGCUUUAAAAAACGGCAUCAUAUUGUUUAUACUGCACAUUGUGGGAAAGCCGCUAGUGCUCCAAUUGAAAAUCACUAUCGUAAGUUAUUACUACAAAACCAGAUUGCUGCAUUUGAUGAAUCAAAUCUUACAAAUCAGCCUCCAGAUCCUGUUACGAUUUAUGAUGCAAUUCAAUUUGUCGCACAAGCUUGGAAUAAAGUUUCUGAAGAUGUAAUUAUUCACUCUUGGCAAAAAACAGGUAUUCUUCCUUCUAUAGAAAUUGAUGAAACUAUAGAUUCAGAAUCUCUUAAUGAUUUUACUAAUGAGAAAGAAAUUGAGUUAGAAAAUCUUAUUGCUCGAUUUCAAAUUUCUAAAAAUCCUGAAAAUCCUGAAAAUUUAAAUAUUUCUGUUCAUGAAUUUAUUGAAAUUGAUGACAAAUAUGCAACAAGUGAAAUGCCUACAGUUGAAGAUCUUAUUGCAGAAAUUCAAGAAAACGAGUCUGAAGAAGAACCAGAACAGCAAAUUAAACCUGUUACAGCAAUUCAAGCUAUUACGGGAUUGGAUUCAGUAUUAGGUUAUAUUGAGAAACCAGAAUCAAGUCUGAAAAUCGAUAUUAAAGUUUUUUCUGAACUUAAGCGAAUACGAAAAGAGCUUUCUUAUCAA